UUUUGAUAAGAUCAAAUUGAUUUUUAACGAUGGCUACUAUUAUAUCCCGAAUCGUGGCUUUUACAACCGCAUAUAGACAUAGUCGGGUUUUCCUAAUUAUUCCAAAUCAGUCGGUAAACAAAAGACUUGUGCAAUGUGUAAAUAUGUAAUAACCGUGGACUUUGUUAAUUAAGUACCUGACACAGCCACAUGAGACUAGAUUCAUGUGUUAUGAAUGUUUAUAUUAGAACGAAGGAAAGAAAUUUAGGCGUCGUACAGUAAUUAUUCACGCGCAUACGACUCGAUUACUACUAAUUGCAUUACAAGUUCGGAUAUGUCUACGACAAAAAUUGUAUCUUUCGCAUGUGUUUUAGUACGUUAGUAUUGAGGUCAGCAUUCGUGAAUAAUGCCAAAUUAUUGUAAGAAAGAAGAUUUAUAGCCUGUACCAUUCAAUAUACAGGUAUUAUUUUUCGAACAGACGCUAUUUCGUUUUACAUUGUAUAAGUUUUAUAAAAGUCUUUACAUUAGGAUUUACGAAGUGUAAACGCGCUACAUAAUAGCUCGUUACUGGUGAAUGGAAACCAAAUUGACUGAAUAUGUUUUACCGAAAUCGUGUCAAUCGUCUUUCUGUUUGCAGAUGUAAUUGUGCCAAAAUUUAAUUCACAUUCGUAUCUAUUUAACGCAGUCGGUUUUCCAAUGCAUAUACAUGCAGACAUGACAUAGAUACACGUACAUAUUCUAUUUAUGGUACAAUUUUCGUGUGGAAAAAGAAACGGACCUUAUAUAUCACUUGAAUAAAUUAUAAUAAUUUAUAAGUUGUUUUAAUUUAAUUAAAAUAAUGUUACGUGCGUAGUUUGACGUAUCACCGCGUGAAAAGAAAAGAAUAUUAUAUUAUAUGCUCAAGUAUAUGAGGAGAUAUUAUUUUUUUUUGUAAAAUAUAUAGUGUAACAUUGUUGAACAAUGACCCUUAUGUUUAUUAUUGACAUAAUAAUUGCGAGCACUAUGAUAUGAAAUUGGAUCUCUUAUUAUUAAUUUAUAUGUAUACAUUGACAAUGCAAAUGAGAUUCAAUAAUCAUGAUACUUAUUGUAAUGAUUGUAUUGUUACAUACUUUUAUCUUAUACAUCACUUAUUUAUAAUAAUGUGUUUUUACGCCUGUAGCCGUGUACUACAGAACUAUCUCAUUUGUAUAUAUUUACUUAAGUUGCAAUUGUACUAUUAAAAAUAAAUAAUACAUGCUCCCUGUGCGUAUGUAUCAUGUAUAGUAUCGUCAAGUACCAUUAAGGAUGCUUAUUAAUGUAACAAAAAUGUUAACUUGCGAUAUACGUGUGUAUUGUGAUAUCGCCAGAAACAAAGUACAAAGUGAUUAUUCACUAUGAGUUCAUUCACUGUGUAGUUUUUGUUCUUGUGAUUUGCAGUGGACCAAGGAUAUUGUGGAAUAAUAUGUAGCAUUGCUGUCAUACAUAGGUAUGCUUCCUGAUAUGAGUGUAAUUCUUAUUAAUGAGAAAUAAAAAAUUAUAUAUUAGCGAAAAAAACGUAUAUCUUGUUCCGCUAAACUGACUUAUCAGUGCGUGAAUAAUAACCAGUCGCAUUAAUCAUUAGAACGUUCGAGAUUACGUAUAGACGUCGACACCCCCGAGGUUACCAUAGUGAUAGUGGCAAACAAGGCGAGAAUAGAAAGAGUCGACAAUGGAUAAGUAUUUCUACUAGUUGCGAUCUAUUUCGACGCAAUCAUGAAAAUUACUUUGUUCUUGUAUUAUUUCGGAACGUGAAAGGUGAAUUAUGUUUUCGAAUAGUUUUUCUCGUUCGACGUUAGAUCACACGCGCGAUUCAGCUUGACAAGCCAUCAUUAUCAAGAUACGUUUGGAUGAUAGGGCGAGGCGCGACCAUUACCAGUGACAAAACAAGAAAAUAAAAUAUGGAUAAUGUAACACACGAGGAGAUGGAGGAAAAGACUGCAUCCUUGCCUGAUGGCACGAUCAAUAUGCCAUCGUGGUUAUUGGAAAUGACUGACGACAUAGGAAAACUGAAUAUAAAUUGCGAUGCCAAAUCAUAUACAUCACAAGCAGAAGCAUUUUUAAUUGAUGACCAACACUACUUUAAGAAUACCUCUUCUCGAAAGGAAGACAACAAUCCAGACACGCAAGCUAGUACACAUUUAAAAAGUCUGUAUGAUAAUGACAGCAAUAUUAAAUUGCAAGCAUCUACAAGCAAAUCACUGCCAAAUACACCGAAAAGCGGAGAGGUACAAAUUAAACAGAGAAGAACACGUGCCUCUUCAGCUGUUGUGAGUGCAAAGCGUCGUACGAAGGAGGAUUUUCGUAAAUUGGAUGCGUAUUUAGAAAGAAAACAGAUGGAAAAACAUGGCAAUCCUUUAACACCUAAAAGUCAUAGCAACAAUACAGGGUCUUUCAACGAAAAAGUUGAUUCUAAGCAUCCUUCGGUUCACAAUUAUACAGAUCCAAGAUUGCACUUGUUAGACGACAGUCACUACUUAAAUAAUUUAACAUUUAGUGUACAGAAUGAAGAAAAGUUAAAACUAUUAUCCAAACAACAUCAAGAAGAUCCUAAUUCUGAGAUCUCAGUUGAAGAUGAUUUCGUCAAAAAUAUAAAUCAACAUACAUCAAACAUUGAUGUGCAAACAGAGAAAUUCAACAGAAAUUUCAUUAUCCCUGAAUUACCAUCUGGCGACACAUUAGUUAUUGAUAUUCUCUCGACUUGGGGUGACAAACAUUACGUAGGCCUCAACGGUAUUGAAAUCUUUUCAAAUACCGGAGAACCGGCGAAAAUAAAAGAGAUAUAUGCGGAUUCAACAGGGACCACUGAAUCGUUAGACAAGGACUAUGGUCCUCACAUUGUACACAACUUGAUCAACGGUAUUAAUCGAACAAGGGAUGAUGCGAAUUUGUGGCUAACGCCUUAUUUAAAUGGUCACCACCAUUAUGUUUAUAUAAUAUUCGAAUACACGAUCACCGUAGCAAUGAUCAGGAUAUGGAAUUAUAAUAAAUCUAGAAUACACUCCUUCAGGGGAGCCAAAGAUAUUAUUAUUAAAUUGGAUAAUGUUAACAUUUUUGACGGAGAAAUUGCUAAAGCAUCGGGGGAUGAUCUGGGCAGUCUCGAUUCUUUUGGUGACACUAUUUUAUUUACGACGGAUGAAAAUAUUCUGGAAAUGAUAUCAAAACAUGAUAAUACCUUCAUAGAAUACAAUAAUGCAAUAAUAGACUCCGAGGAGACGGAAACGAUUCGCCCGAUCACAGCAACGAUCAACGAUAUUAUUUCAGCAAGACAUAAAAAUAACAAUCCCGUUGAAAAUUCUUCUAACUUAUCCACGAAUGGUGGAACUGACAAAACAUCUUCUAAUGCUCUGUCUUGUAAAGAAGUUGAAUUAAUUAUUAUUUCGAAUUGGGGUUUACAUCAUCUAAUAGGUCUUACUGGUAUAGAAUUAAUCGGAGAUCAAGGUGUGGCUGUCCCGUUAGUAAACGCCAAUUUACACUGUAACGCAGGUGAUAUGCAUUUAACGAGACUGAUCGACGGAUAUAAUAUUACCAUGGAAAUGGAUCACAUGUGGUUAGCGGAUGUAUCGUCGAAUAAGAGAACUACAAUAACCAUCAUCUUCAAUACAAACGUGUGUCUGACGGGAAUGCGGAUUUGGAACUAUAACGCAUCUUUAGAACUAUCUUAUUGCGGAGUGAAACAAUUGUUAGUCAAAUUGGACGGUAAGAUAUUACACGAUGAGAACUUCGAAGGCUUCUUGUUGAGACGCGCACCGGGUUCAUGCCAUUACGAUUUCGCCCAGGAAGUUAAUUUUACCAAAAAGCCCGUUUCCCAAAUAUGUCUCUCGAAUCAUCCUAACGAUUUAAUCAAGUCCGAAGAGAUCGGUUCUUUGGACUCGAACUACGAGGCCCCGUCGAUGCCGCAGGGAUUUGUGUAUCAAAUAAUAAUUUUCUCUACAUGGGGAGACUCUUACUAUAUCGGCCUCAAUGGGAUACAGAUAUACGACAGUUACGGGAAUGAAAUCAAGUUAACUACCGAUAAUAUAGCUGCGUUCCCCGAGAGCGUUAACAUAAUAGAAGGCAUAGAUAACGACAUUCGCACACCGGGCAAACUUAUCGAUGGAAUUAACAAUACGAAAGACGGCCGUCACUCCUGGCUGGCUCCGAUACUCCCUGGACAAACGAAUCGUGUGUAUCUAAUAUUUUAUCAGCCUGUUACGGUAUCAAUGAUCAAGAUAUGGAAUUACGGAAAGACUCUGCAGAGAAGAGUUAAAGAAUUUGCAAUAUUGGUGGAUGAUCUGUUAGUUUAUAAUGGAACAUUAGAUAAACAUAAUUCGUACGGCCUGGUAACGUUCGUGAAGGAAAGUGGUAACAAUGAGAACGUGGUAAAUCGCUCAGAGCAAGAGAAUCAAGUCUUGAAUUUGCGAAGAAAUACCUCAGGCACUAAUUCGUUGCCGGAUCCAUCUCUUCGUCCACAUACAUCUUUACAAUUUAAGGAAACAUAACUAUACUGUAUACGUAACUGUGCAUGGUAUAACGUAUAUAAUAAAACUGUGCGUGUUAUAUCUGCUAAAACUUUUUCACCUUCGUGAUACAUCCUGAAUAAUUUUAUAAUAACGUAUCAUAUACACUUUAAAAUGUACAAUAAUUUCUGUAUAUCAUACGUUAUUUUAAUAAUUAAUAUACAAAUUUCGUGUCAAAUUUAGUUCUCGUGUGUGUGUGUGUGU